AUGGGUUAGGAGAAAUUAGCCGCAUUGUUGCUCUAUAGAUAAUUGUUCAAAUCCCUAGGAAAUCGACUAUCAAGAGAUCAAUUGAGAAAAUACUACAAAUACACUGUUCAAGCAAGAGUACAGGGAGAGAAUCAAUAAAUUUUGAAGAAUUUGGAAAUUUAUUUGAAAGCCAUCAAAACUCAGAAUUUAAUCAUGGAUGCUGAAAACAUUGGCAAACCCAAAGAUUACAAAGCAGAUGUGUAGAAGGUGGCUAAUUACGUUGGAUUAAGAAUGCCUGAAACCCAUUAAAAAUAAGAGUGA